AUUGAUGGGUGUAAAAGAUUUAUGGAGUGUAUUAACGCCUCAUGCUGAGCGAAAACCCAUAUGUGAGCUACGAGGUAAAAUAGUAGCAAUUGAUCUUGCUGGCUGGGUCUGUGAAAGUCUCAAUGUUGUAGAUUAUUUCGUGCAUCCUAGACAUCAUCUGAAGAAUUUGUUUUUUCGUACUUGUUAUUUAAUAUGGGAAGAGGUAACUCCUGUUUUUGUACUAGAAGGCGUUGCUCCCAAAUUAAAGAGUCAAGUUAUUGAGAAGCGUAAUGAAAUUCAAUUUCGUGGCGCAAAACCAAAAGAAACACCAAGCCAAACUCAACUAGACUCCCAAAAGACAAAGAGCGAUAAAGGUAGAACGAGAUUUAAUCAUGUGUUGAAACAAUGUGAAAACCUAUUGCAGGCAAUGGGAAUUCAGUGUGUGCAAGGACCUGGUGAAGCAGAGGCUUAUUGUUCAUUUCUUAAUUUAAAAGGGUUAGUUGAUGGUGUUAUAAGCCAAGAUUCGGAUUGUUUUGCUUAUGGAGCCUUACGUGUUUAUAGAAAUUUUUCAGUAUCCUCACAAGGCGCAUUGGCAACCCAAGGAGGAGCAGUAGAUAUUUACGAUAUGAGAAAUAUAUGUUCAAAGAUGGAUUUUGGCCAAAAUAAAGUAAUAGUCAUGGCUUUACUGUGUGGUUGCGAUUAUUGCCCUGAUGGCAUAGGAGGUGUUGGGCGUGAUGGCGUUUUAAAAUUGUUUAACAAGUAUAAAAAUGAUGAAAUUUUGCAACGUAUACGUUCGUGGCGUCUUGAAGAUCACAAAUAUACCGCAAUGGAAAUGAGAAUAGAUGAUAAAACAAUUUGCUCUAAUUGUGGUCAUCUGGGUCGUACUCAAAGUCAUACUAAAAAUGGCUGCGGCAUCUGUCGUACAAAUCGUGGAUGUGAUGAAAGCUUAUGGAAAGAAGAACGACUUUCAUUAAAAGCUGAAUUAACAUUACGUAAAAAAGCUUUAUCGGAUCCAAAUUUUCCAUCACAAGAAAUUAUUGAUGAAUUCCUUAAACAACCAACAGAUGUUCCUAAGCUUCAAUUGAAUUGGAGUCAACCGAAUAUGGUAAAAUUCAUUAAACAGGUUGGACAUUUAUUACAAUGGAAAGAAAUUUAUUGCUUUCAAAAAUUCUUUCCAAUUUUAACAAGAUGGCAAGUAUUAAAUGCUCCACGUUUAAAGGGACUGCCUUCAGCUGUGAAUUAUAUAACACCUAAGGAAAUUAUAAAAAAACGGGUGGUGAAGGGUGUACCAAGCUUAGAGUUGCUGUGGCAAGAUGAAAAUAAUAUUUUUAGUGGAUUAAUACCCGAUAAUCAGCUACAGGAACUUUUAGCAAAUAAUCCAAAAGGUUUACAGGACAUUUGGUCUACGGUUGAACCAUUUGAUAAAGUAGAAGUUGCGUACCCAUUGCUAGUGGAGUCAUUUUUGAAAUCAAAAGAAAAGACAAAAAAAGUACCAAAGAAAUCAUCAAAAGCUAAACAAAAAUUAACUGAAGAGCAACCAUUGGGAUCACUAGAAAAUCUAAAAGAUCUUAUCGAUGCAACUAAUGACAUAGAAAAGAGUUUGAAGCCAAAAAGACAAAAUAAAUCAAAACAAGCUAUUUCAAAGCAAGGUUUGCAAAUGAUUGAUCGUUUUUUUAAGCAAAAAAUUAAUGAUGAUUUUGAAGAAAACAACCAUCAAACUCCUACUAAAUGUGUUUAUAAUAAAACAGCAAUCGAAGCGCAACAAUGCUCUACUCCCAUAACUAAAAACAUACCAUCUGACUUAGAAAGUGAUAUUGAUGAAGACGCAUUCGAUAUGUCUGAUAUUGUUAAUGGCAUUGUUGGAAAAUCAAAUAAAUCCUUUACCUUGACAUCCCAUAAAGGUAAGCAACUGUGUUAUGAUGAAAUGCCACUGAAUAUUAGCAUUUUAUUAAGUGAAACUAAAUCAACUGCUAAUGACACAAAAGGUUGUAUUGAUGAUUUAGAUAUCCUUAGCGAAAAGCGUUUACUUUCGAAUUCAUUUCACAAAUCCGCUAAUAUUGAAGCGAAACGAAUGUCGUUGGAUGAUUGUUUUGAUGUUUUAGUUAAAAUGGGCACCAGUAGAAAUACGAAAUCAAAUGGAUUUAAACCAGUUAUCGGUCGCGUAUCUACCAUUAUAGAUCGGUUUAAACAAAAGCAGCGUAUUAGCCUAAAUGUUACAAAUACCAGUUCGUUUGAAAAUAUUUUAGAAGAUGGCAAAAAUACAAGUUAUUUUUUCAAUAAUAGCAUGCAAUCAGAAAACGAAGACGUUUUUGAGAGAUUUAUGGAUGCAAGUUUUGGUAAGAAAACAAAUGUAAAUGAAGAUAAUGAUUUUGUUAUAUUAAGUGAUUAGUUUAGAGUUGAAACAAAUUAUUAACAAUAAUAAAAAAUCGAAUGAAAAUGAAGAUAAUAA